AUGGUCAUGCUUUGCAGAGAUAUGAGCAAUAAUACAUUCAUCUCAGCUGAUUUUCGGCAGUGGUUUUCUACUUUGCAGUCAUUAAUGACUCUGGUAAUGGAGAACACUCAAAUUCAAGGAGAAAUUCCGCCAACCUUCUUCAGUCUUUUUCAGCUGCAGACUGUCAACUUGAGGGGAAACAAGAUCAAUGGAACCCUGAAUAUUGCAUCCAACUAUAGCAGUCAAUUAAAACUGAUUGAUUUGCAGAACAAUUCCAUCGAUUCAUAUACAGUAAGACCUGGAUUUCCUUUUCAAAUAAUACUUAUGCAUAAUCCAGCUUGUUAUGAAGAAAGAUCAGAAGACUAUUGUGGCAUUUCCCAAACGAACUUUGUAUAUUCAACUCCACAAGAAAAUUGCCUUAAAACACAAUGCAGUUCUGAUCAAAUUCUUAGACCUACCUGUAAAUGUGCUUAUCCGUACACAGGCGACUUAUUCUUCAGAGCUCCUUCCUUUUCUGACUUGACAAACACAAGCAUUUAUGAGUCACUUCAGAAGUCUAUGCUAUCUUCUUUUAGCCAAAAUCAGGUGCCAGUAGAUUCAGUUUCCUUGAGUAAUCCAAAAAAGAAUUCAGAGUACUACCUUGUGUUACACCUGCAAGUUUUUCCAUUUGGCCAAGAUCAUUUCAACCGUACUGGGAUUGCUACAAUUGGAUUUGCACUUAGCAACCAGACUUACAAACCCCCACCAAAUUUUGGACCAUUCUUUUUCUAACUUACUGGAUUAAGUACUAACUUCUUUUGAAUGACUUAAUUAAGUAGUUGACACUUGACAAUGACCCUUAAAUUUUGAUAUUCCUAAAAGAAGAAAAAAAUUACUACUUUUAAUUUCGAGAAAAAACUAGACUUUAUUUAAUUAUCUAAACCUAAUCAAGUUGUCUAAUAUUCAUCUUAUUUAGGAUUAACACUCAAUAUGGUCAAUUAUUAUUAUGAGAAAUAUUCAAUAUUUGAUCGAUACCUGUGAUGAAGUUUUUUUCCCAAUAAAUUGGUAUAGAGGGAGAAGAUUACAACU